AUGCUUUGGGCGUGUUUUGCUGCAUUGAUUGCAGUUCAGGCCGUUGUUGUGGCGGAAACGUUACGUGAGUUUGAAGGGACACCGGGGGGUACUGUAGAUGCCGGGGGGUACUGUAAGUCUCUGGUUCAGGAAUAAUUUCGAAGGGUACUGUAGUCUUGUUUUUAUAGAAUCUGUAAAAAUUUUCUAGGUUACUGUAGAUCUCAUGGGAUACUGUAGUAUUCUAGAAUCCAAUAAUUUUCUAGAUUAUAAGAAGAAGCUCAGGAGUACUGUAAGUGAUUUUGAGCGGAAAAAAAGUUCCAGACUUUCUGGAUUACUGUAGCCCUCAGCUACUGUAGAUUCAGAAUUUCUAAUUUUGGUAGAUCAACAUUUGUAGCUCAGGAUUACUGUAGGUAGCAGAAGAAAGUUCCAAAAAUCAGCUUGAAUGAGGAGAAUUCAUAGAUCAGGAUUACUGUAGUGCUGACAAAAGUACUGUAGAUCAAAAUCCACCGUAAUCCAGACAAAUUCUCAAAUUUCAAGACUCUCAAUUCAAAUCAAGAGCUAGACUAGACUAUAGUUGUUCUAGGCUAGACUAUAGUAUUCCUUAGACUUUGGUCUAGUCUACAGAUUACUGUAGAUCAGAUUUUCCCCAAUUUUUAGCGCUUUGACUACGGUAGUUCAAAUUGUGGUCCCACAAAAGUCCAGAAAUUCUCUAGAUCUCUCCAAUCUAGAACUUUUUUCAGCAUCGGUAACAGUAUGCCCACUCGGAACUCAAACCAUCUUCGUCAUGCAACACAACUCAACAAUCGGUGCCCGAAUCCAAACCAUCCCCGCCUCAAACCUCGCCGAAUGCUCCGAUCAUUGCACAACAUCAGCCGAUUGCCAAGGUGUCGAAUUCGUCGGCGGACAAUGUCAGGUUUUCCGCGCCGGCGCUGAACAACCAACCAAAGGAUCGCAAGUGUUGACCAAGUCGUGUGUCAAAUCCGAUCGAGUCUGCCAAUCGCCAUUCCAAUUCGAUCUUUUUGAGCAAAAGAUUUUGGUUGGAUUCGCUAGAGAAGUUGUGCCAUCUGAGAAUAUUCAAGUGAGUUUGGGCGAGGGGAAUCCUGAACUUCUAGGUUGUCUAGAAGGUUCCCUUGAUCUUCUAGAAGUUCUACUGAUUUUCUAUCGGUUUUUUGGACCUUCUAGAGCUUCUCCAGAUUUUCUAGAAGCUUUACUGAUCUUCUAGAAGUUCUACUGAUUUUCUAAAAUUUCUCCUGUUCUUCUAGAACUUCCCCUGAUCUUCUAGAGGUUCCACUGAUCUUUUAGAGCUUCUCCAGAUUUUCUAGAAUCUUUCCCUGAUCUUCUAGAGGUUCCCCUGAUCUUCGAAAAUGUCUCCUGAUCUUCUGAAGCUUCCACUGAUCUUCUGAACCUUCUCCUGAUCUUCUGAAGCUUCCCCUGAUCUUCUAAAAUUUCUCCUGAUCUUCUAAAGCUUCUCCUGAUCUUCUAGAGUUUCUCCUGAUCUUCUAGAACUUCUCCUGAUUUUCUAGAACUUUUCCUGAUCUUCUAGAACUUCUCCUGAUCUUCUGAAGCUUCCCUUGAUCUUCUAAUUUUUUUCCUGAUUUUCUGAAGCUUCCCCUGAUCUUCUAAAAUUUCUCCUGAUCUUCUAAAGCUUCCCCUGAUCUUCUAGAACUUGUGCUAAUUUUCUAGAACUCCCACUGAUUUUCUGAAGCUUCCCCUAAUCUUGGAAAAUGUCUCCUGAUCUUCUAGAGCUUCCCCUGAUCUUUUAGAACUUCCUCUGAUCUUCCAGAACUAGUGCUAAUUUUCUGGAACCUUUCCUGAUCUUCUGGAAUUUCUCCCGAUCUUCUAAAAUUCCUCCUGAUCUUUUAGAAGUCUUCCUGAUCUUCAAGAAUUCGGAUUAAUUUUCUAAAAUGUCUCCUGAUCUUCUAGAGCUUCCCCUGAUCUUCGAAAAUGUCUCCUGAUCUUCUAAAGCUUCCCUUAAUCUUCUGAAGCUUCCCCUGAUCUUCUAAAUUUUCUCCUGAUCUUUAAGAGCUUCUUCAGAUUUUCUAAAGCUUCCCCUGAUCUUCUAGAGCUUCCCCUGAUCUUCUAGAAGUUCUGUUGAGCUUCUAGAGCGUCUCCAGAUUUUCUAGAACUUCUCCUGAUCUUCUGGAACUUGUGCUAAUUUUCUAGAACUUUUCCUGAUCUUCUGAAACUUCCCCUGAUCUUCUGAAACUUCCCCUGAUCUCCCAGAUCUCCCCCCGAACCUCCCCAACCCAAAUCCACUCUUCCAGGUAUGUAUGGUCGCCUGUUUGAACGCGUUCGACACAUUCGGCUUCGAAUGCGAAUCAGCCAUGUUCUACCCGGUUGAUCAGGAAUGCAUUUUGAACACCGAAGAUCGAUUGGAUCGACCAAGUUUGUUUGUUGAUGAGGCCGAUGAUAGUGUCAUUUAUUUGGAUAAUAAUUGUGCUGGAUGUGAGUUUUGCUGAUCUUCUAGAGAUCCAAUAUCUUUCUGAUCUUCUAGAGAUCUUCUAGAGAUCUUCUAGAGAUCUUCUAGAGAUCCAAAAUCUUUCUGAUCUUCUAGAGAUCUUCUAGACCUAAAGAUCUCAAAUUUUUACCCAAUUUUCCAUUCCAGCCCAAUGCUAUUCCCCCUACAUCACUCAAUACAUCGCGGUCGAAGGAAAACAGCUGAAAAACGAGCUCGACCGUAUCAUCAACGUCGAUUUGGACUCUUGCCAAUCACUCUGCACCCAACGACUUUCCGUAACUUCCAACGAUUUCAAUUGCAAAUCCUUCAUGUACAACAAUGUUAGCCGAACUUGUAUUUUGGCUGAUGAAAGAUCGAAGCCGCUAGGACGUGCUGAUUUGAUCACAACUGAGGGUUUCACUUAUUAUGAGAAAAAGUGUUUUGCGUCGCCGAAUACUUGUAGAAAUGUGCCGAGUUUUAAGCGGGUUCCACAAAUGAUUUUGGUCGGAUUUGCUGCUUUUGUUAUGGAGAAUGUGCCAUCUGUUACUAUGUGUUUGGAUCAAUGCACAAAGUAAGUUUUGACAUGAGCAAUGCUCAAAAAAAUGCGGGUUUUUUGACACCAAACAUGGUGGAAUUUGAGUUACUGUAGGUCAUUGCUCAUUUUAAGCUCUAGAAGAUCGGAUUGCUCAGUUUAAACUCUAGAAGGUAGGAUUGCUCAUUUUAAACCCUAGAAGAUUGGAUUACUCAUAUUAACCUCUAGAAAACCAUUGCUCAUCUUAAACCCUAGAAGAUCGGAUUGCUCAUAUUAACCUCUAGAAGACUAUUGCUCAUUUUAAGCUGUAGGCACCUAUUGCUCAUUCUAAACUCUAAGAAAUGAUAUUGCUCAGCUUAAACUCUAGAAGAUCGGAUUGCUCAUUUUAAUCUCUAGACGACUAUUGCUCAUUUUAAAAUCUAGGAAAUCAUAUUGCUCAUUUCAAACUCUAGAAGACCAUUACUCAUAUUAAACUCUAGAAUUGCUCAUUUUAAACUCUAGAAGACUGUUGCUCAUAUUAAUUUCUAAGAGACCGUUGCUCAGCUUAAACUCUAGCAGACUAUUGCUUAUACUAAGCUCUAGAAGACCGUUGCUCAUAUUAAACUCUGAGAGACCAUUGCUCAUAUUAACCUCUAGAAGACCGUUGCUCAGCUUAAAGUCUAGGAGGUUAUUGCUCAGCCUAAGCUCUAGAAAACCAUUGCUCAUAUUAAUCUCUAGGAGACUAUUGCUCAUUUUAAUCUCUAGGAGACCAUUGCUCAUCUUAAAAUCUAGGAGAUCAUAUUGCUCAUUUUAAGCUCUAGAAGAUCGGAUUGCUCAUUUGAAGCUCUAGGAAACAUUGCUCAGUUUAAACUCUAGAAAACCAUUGCUCAUUUUAAGCUCUAGAAGACUAUUGCUCAGCUUAAACUCUAGAAGAUCGGAUUUCUCAGCUUAAACUCUGGAUGAUCAUAUUGCUCUUAUUAAGCUCUAGAAGACUAUUGCUCAUACUAAACUCUAUCAUUUUCAGCCCACCACCAGAGACCGGAGAAGGAUUUGUCUGCAAAUCAGUUAUGUACUAUUACAAUGAGCAAGAAUGCAUCUUGAACUCUGAAACUCGUGACUCCAAGCCAGAUCUUUUCAUUCCAGAAGGAGAUGAAUUCUUGGUGAGUUGAUCCGCAGACUUAGGCGAAGUCGAACCCCGAUUUUCUCUUCUAGGUUGAUUACUUCGACAUCACCUGCCAACUCAAACAAGAGAAAUGCGCGGCCGGUCAACAUCUCAAAGCCGUCCGCACCAUCAACGCCGCUCUCCCCGAAGGCGAAUCCGAACUCCAUGUUCUCAAAACAUCAGCAGCCAAGGGAAUCAAGGAAUGUGUGGCGAGUUGCGCGAACUUGGCUCCAGAGAAAUGCCGUAGCUUCAAUUUUGAUAAGAAAUCGAAGAGCUGCGAUUUAUUGUAUCUCGAUGGUCAUAACACACUUCAACCACAAGUUCGUCAAGGAGUUGAUUUGUAUGAUUUGCAUUGUUUGGCUGGUGAGUUAGGCUAUCUAUAUGUGGGGGCCUGCAGGCCCCCUUUGGGGCCUUUUUGGCCCCUUUUGGGGGCCCAAAAAGCCCCCUUCUGCUUCUUGUCCUCUCUUCUAAGUUCCACUAACUCCGUUUAUGUGUCGUGUUCUUUUUAAUAGCUCUUCCUCUAGUCGAAAACGAUUGCUCGGCCAACAAAGACGAUGCUCUCUUCUCGCGAUAUUUGCACACCCGGCAACGUGGAAUUCCGUCGAAGAGCUACAAAGUUGUGUCGUUGAACUCGUGUCUGGAAGUUUGUGCUGGAAAUCCAACGUGAGUUUUUUCGGUAUCAAAAUUCUUCGGCGAGCAUUUUGAGACCAAAUAAGGCUAGAUUCAGAGCUACAGUAAUUAGGGAUUGCUCAUAUUAAACUGUUUUUUUUCUGGGGAAUUUUUGAGACCGAAUAAGCUUAGGUUUAGGCUACAGUAAUUAGGGAUUGCUCAUAUUAAAGUGUUUUUUUCGGGGGAAUUUUUUGAGACCAAAUAAGCUUAGAUUUGAGCUACAGUAAUUUAUUAAAGGGAUUGCUCAUAUUAAAGUGUUUUUUCUGGGGAACUUUUUGAGACCAAAUAAGGCUACACUUUUUUAUGAGUUGCUCAUAUUAAAGUGUUUUUUUCGGGGGAAUUUUUGAGACCAAAUAAGGCUAGGUUUAGGCUACAGUAAUUAGGGAUUGCUCAUAUUAAAGUGUUAUUUUUUUCUGGGGGAAUUUUUUGACACCAAAUAAGGCUAGGUUUGAGCUACAGUAAUUAGGGAUUGCUCAUAUUAAAGUGUUUUUUUCUAGAGUGAAUUUUUGACACCAAAUAAGCUUAGGUUUGAGCUACAGUAUUUUUUAGAGGGAUUGCUCAUAUCAAGGAAUUUUUCGAUACCAAACAAGCUCAGGAUUACUGUAGCCUAGGCGCCGAAAAUCUACAGUAUCUCUAGACAUUUUUGAGCGCCCUGUCAUUUGGGUUACUGUAGAUUUUUCGCUUCGAGACCCGAGCCGGAAAAUUAUAUACUGUAGUUUAUGAUGUUCUACAGUAACCCUAAAAACUGGAAGGUUACUGUAGAUACAGUACUCUGGGCUUGUUUGGAUUCAAAAUGAUCAGAAUUUCGCGCCAAAACCUACAGUACCCAUCCCCCCUCCCCCUUCCCGACUUAGAAAAUAAAACCCCAGAACUUUUGCAGUUGCGCCGGAAUCAACUACAACCGCCGAUUUGGUGAAUGCAACCUGUUCGACUCAAUCGAUUCGGAAGGCGAAGUCAACGAACACACCGACUUCUACAAGAAUCUAUGCGUCACCAAGGAAGUCGACACCGGCGUCUCCGCCGCCGCAAAUGUUCCAGAAACCAAACAUCGUGUGUCUGGAACUGUUGUCGAAUCUGGAAAAGAUAGCAAGGCACAACUUCUAGCCACCAAAAAGGUCAAGAAACCAAGCUUCAAGAAUACCGAACAUCGACGAGCUCCUGAAUCAACAGUUCCGAUUGGACCACCAGUUGAAGUCAAGGCUGAAGCCAUUCAAACAAUCUGUAAUUAUGAAGGAAUCAAGGUUCAAAUCAAUAAUGGCGAGCCAUUCAGUGGUGUGAUCUUUGUUAAAAACAAGUUCGAUACUUGCCGUGUUGAAGUUGCCAACUCUAAUGCUGCUACUUUGGUUCUCGGACUCCCCAAAGACUUCGGAAUGCGCCCGAUUAACCUUGAUGAUAAUGAGACAAAGAAUAACACUAAUUCCAAGGAAACCCCACUCAAGGAAGAGAUCGAGGAAUUCAGAAGACUUAAGAGACAAUCAGCUGAAUUCAGAGAUUGUGGAUUGAUUGAUCUUCUCAAUGGAACCUACAAAUCCACUGUUGUCAUUCAAACCAAUAAUCUCGGAAUCCCGGGACUUGUCACAUCUAUGGAUCAACUCUACGAAGUCUCUUGCGAUUACUCGAGCAUGCUCGGUGGCAAAGUUCAAGCCGGUUAUAACAUGACUGUCACUGGACCUGAAGCCAAUUUGAUUCAACCAAGAGGAAAGAUCGAACUUGGAAACCCGGUACUCAUGCAACUUUUGAAUGGCGAUGGAACUGAACAACCUCUCGUGCAAGCUAAGCUCGGAGAUAUUUUAGAACUCAGAUGGGAGAUUAUGGCGAUGGAUGAUGAACUUGAUUUCUUCGUCAAGAAUUGUCAUGCCGAACCAGGAACUAAAGGAGCUUCCACCCAAGAGAAGCUUCAACUCAUCGAGGGAGGUUGCCCGACACCAGCUGUUGCUCAAAAACUCAUCCCUGGAGCCAUUGAGGUCACCUCAAGCGCCGUCAAGAGCACUAAACUUCAAGCUUUCCGAUUUGAUAGCGCACCAUCGAUCAGAGUCACUUGCGAAGUUGAGAUCUGCAAGGGAACGUGUCAGGCUGUUGAGUGUGGAUUGACUGGCGGAGUUAAGAAGUCGUGGGGAAGAAAGAAGAGGGAUAUUGAUAACAAUAUUGAAGAAUGUGAGUUUGGUGGGGGGGGGGGAGUGGAAAAAGAGCCCGAGGGAGCUCGAUAAAAGCCUGAGAGAGCCCGAGGGAGCCCGAGGGACCAGAGGGACUCCCGAGAGAGCCCGAGAGAGCUUGGGAAAUUUCAAGGGAGCUCGAGGGAGCCCGAGACACCCCGAGGAACCCCGCGGAACCCCGAGGGAGCCCAAGAUACCACGAUAAACCUCGAGAGAAACCUGACAGAGCCCGAGGGACCAGAGGGACUCCCGAGGGAGCUCGAGAAAAGCCCGACAUACCCCGAGAGAUCCAGAGAGAGCCUGAGAGAGCCCGAGGGAGCCCGAGGGACCCCGAGGAACCCCGAGAGAACCCGAGGGAACUCGAUAGGGCUCGAGAGAAACCUGACAGACCCCGAGGGACCCCGAGAGACCCCGACAGAGCUCGAGGGAGCCCGAGGGACCCCCGAGAGACCCCGAGAGAGCUCGAGGGACCCCGAGGGAGCUCGAGGGAGCUCGAGAGAAGCCCGACAGACCCCAUUAAAGCUAGAGGAAAGCUAGAGGGACCCCCGAGAGAACCCGAGAGACCCCGAGGCAGCCCCAAGAGAGCCAGAGGGACCCCCGAGAGACCCCGAGGCAGCCCAAAGAGAGCCCGAGGGAGCCCGAGGAACCCCGAGGGACCCCCGAGGGACCCACGAGAGAGCCCGAAUGACCCCGACAGACCCCGAGGGAGCUCGAGUGAGCCCGCCAGAUCCCGAGGGAGCCCCGAGAGACCCCGAGAGACCCCGAGGGACUCCCGAAAGACCUCGAGAGACCCCGACAUACCAUGAGGGACUCCGAGAAACCCCGAGACACCCCGAGAGAUGUCGAAUCCCGAAUAAUCCUGAUUUUUUUUUGCAGUCGAGACCGCCCGUUAUUUGAUUCCACGUCACGCCAAGGCCACCACAUCAAUCGUCAUCAUCGAUCCAUUGCAACAGGUAUGCCAGAAAGUGGGUUUGGGGGGCCAGGCCUAAGACUUAGGCUCAGCAAUAGCCACAGACUUAGCUAUAACUUCAGGCUCUGCUUAGGCUUGGCCAUAGCCUUAGAAUUAGGCUUCACCCUAAUCUCCCCCAGUGUCCCAUUCCCCUAACCCUAAGAAUCUUGCAGGUCAACGAGCCAGUCGCCAUGUCGCACUACGCCUCAAUCGACAUGGUGCGCGAAGACGCGCAAGAGAUUCUCUCCGCCUCUUCCGCCGACAAUCUCUGCCUCGCCAAAACCACCUUGUUCGCCAUCUUCGGAACUCUCACUCUCCUCAUCGCCGUGCAGGCUACCGUAGUCGGACACUAUGUCUUGCGCAGAGUCUCCGCCUCAAAAUCCGCUUAA